AUGAGGCGCAACCCUGUUUCACUAGAAGAAAUUACAGAAAAAAGUGAUCAGAUUGAGCAAUAUUUACGUAAUAAGCUAAUUGUUUACAAUAAUGCAAAAUCUCAAAAAGCUUUUCUUUACAGUAUAGAUACUGGAAUGCACACAGAAAAUAAAAAAAUAUGUUAUGACAUUAUUUCAAAAUAUUUUGGACCACCAUCGGCAAAUCGUUGGCCUGAUUUCUUAAAAAUACCAGAGUAUCUAACAGGAUUACAACUUGACAUUCCUUACUACCAUUAUGGUUUUGCAAUCGAAGUUCAAGGAAUACAGCAUGAAAAAUAUCAUGAGUUUUUUCAUAGAGGAGACCCUAAGAAAUUUAUCGAACAGCAGGAACGGGAUCAACUUAAGAAAGAACUCUGUAAUGAAAAUCAUAUAGCAGUAAGAUAUGUUUGGUAUUAUGAAAACCCAUUUAAGAAAAUUCCAGAGAUUAUUCAGGAAUUGGGUCUUAUUCCUUAA